AUGGGGACUCUGCUGCGCGGGGUUCUGCGCCCCCUCCGCGCGUUCCGAAGCCGUCCCUGGCCCGCUGCAGAUGUGCCUCUUCGAGCCACGAGCCAUGGCACCGGCCUGCUCUACCCCGAACACAUCCCCACCUCCCCGCUGCAGAAGGUGCUGCUGGCCGCGGGCUCUGCUGGAAUGGCGCUCUAUGACCCGUAUCGCCACGACAUGGUUGCAGUUCUGGGGGAGACCACAGGAUGCCGUACCCUGAAGGUCCUCAGGGACCAGAUGAGGAGGGAUCCAGAGGGUGCCCAGAUCCUGCAGGAGCGUCCCCGGAUCUCGCUGUCCACCCUUGACCUGGGCAAGCUCCGGAGUCUGCCUGAGGGCUCCCUUGGCCGCGAGUAUCUCCGUUUCCUGGAUGUGAAUAGAGUCUCCCCAGACACCAGAGCGCCCACCCGAUUCGUGGACAGUGAGGAGCUGGCAUACGUGAUGCAGCGGUACCGGGAGGUGCACGACAUGCUCCACACGCUGCUGGGGAUGCCCACCAACGUCCUGGGGGAGAUCGUGGUGAAAUGGUUUGAGGCUGUCCAGACCGGCCUGCCCAUGUGCAUCCUGAGUGCACUCUUCGGACCCAUCCAGCUCAGUGCCCGAAGCCUGCAAGCGCUGGUCUCGAAGCUGAUCCCAUGGGCAGUUCAGAAUGCGCGCAGAGCCCCAUGUGUCCUCAACCUGUACUACGAGCGGCGCUGGGAGCAGCCCCUGAAGGCUCUACGGCAGGAGCUGAGCAUCACAGAGCCCCCCAUGCACGUCCAGGGCCUAGCCUAG